AUGGAGAAGACAAGAGAAAGAAAAGCACAGAAAAUAUGCUUCAUGUUCUUGUUUUUAUUCUUCUCAUGGAGAAGCUGUGAUGGCUUUAGAGAUGUCAAUGAACAUAAACUACUUUUAUCCAUCAAAGCUUCCAUCUAUGAUCCUUCCCACUUCCUCUCCAACUGGAACACCUCUUCUGCUUCUUUCUGCAAGUGGAAUGGUGUUACAUGCAACUCAGAUUCCACACAUGUCACUGGAAUUGAUCUUUCUGGGAAGAAUUUAUCUGGGAGCAUCACGGAAUCAUUAUUCCAGUUCUUGCAUGUUGAAACAAUUGAUCUCUCCAACAACCAGCUCUCUGGUGGGAUUCCGAAAAAUGCCUUUUCUUGUUCUUCACUUGUUCAUCUCAGCCUAAGCAAUAACAACUUAACAGGUUGGAUACCUGGAGGUUCCAUUCCAAACCUUGAGAAGUUGGAUUUGUCAAAUAACUUUCUUUCAGGCAAAAUACCGGCAGAAAUCGGAUACUUCUCCGGGCUACAAUAUCUUGAUCUCGGUGGAAAUGCUUUGGUUGGGGAGAUUCCAGUAUCCAUCUCAAAUUUAACAAGGUUAAAAGAUUUGACUUUGGCAUCAAAUCAACUCACAGGUGGAUUACCCUCAGAACUAGGGUUUAUGAAAAGUUUGAAAUUUAUCUACUUGGGCUAUAACAAUUUGUCAGGUAGAAUUCCAAACGAAAUCGGUGAGUUAACCUUCUUGAAUCACCUCAAUCUUGCUUUUAACAACCUCACCGGUGAAAUCCCAUCUUCACUUGGUAAUCUCACCGAUCUCCACUAUCUUUUCUUGUAUUUCAACAAGCUCACUGGUCCAAUUCCUAAGACAAUCUUUAGCCUCAAGAAAUUAGUGUCACUUGAUGUAAGUGAUAAUCUCCUGUCGGGUGAAAUUCCAGAACUUGUUUCUGAGUUUCAAGUUUUAGAAGUUCUCCACUUGUUUUCCAAUAACUUCUCUGGGAAAAUACCAAAAUCUCUAUCUUCUUUGUCUCAUCUCCAAGUCCUCCAAUUAUGGUCCAACAGGUUUUCUGGUGAGAUACCAGAAGAUCUUGGAAAGUACAAUAACCUCACCGUUCUAGACCUUUCUACCAACAAUCUUACCGGAAAAAUCCCAGACAGCCUUUGUGACUCCCAUCAUCUCCAAAAACUCAUCCUCUUCUCCAAUUCCCUUGAAGGGGAUAUCCCUACAAGUUUGAGCCAUUGCAGAAGCUUAGAAAGGGUCCGUCUUCAAAACAAUAGAUUAUCGGGUCCGUUGUCCGCCGAGUUCAGCGAAUUAUCGCAAAUUUACUUUCUGGAUUUGUCAGCGAACAACCUCUCUGGGAAAAUCAACAGUUGGCAUUGGAAAAUGCAAAAACUCCAAAUGCUGAGUUUGGCAAGAAAUAGAUUCUCAGGAAAGUUACCCGAAUCCUUCGGAAGUAACAAGCUCGAGAAUUUGGACUUGUCCGAAAAUGAUUUUUCGGGUUCCAUUCCUCCGAGCUUUGGGAAAUUUACGGAGUUAAUGGAAUUGAAAAUAAGCCGGAAUAGGCUCUCAGGAAAAAUCCCCAAGGAAUUAUCUUCAUGCAAAAAGCUCGUGAGCAUCAAUUUUAGUUACAAUCAUCUCUCGGGUGGAAUCCCAGAAACCCUUUCAAGAUUACCAGUUCUAGGAAAUCUUGAUUUGUCGAUGAACCGUCUUUCCGGUGAAAUCCCAGAAAACCUAGGGAAUGUGGAAUCACUUGUUCAAGUAAACAUAUCUCACAACCACUUCCGUGGUAGAUUACCCUCCACCGGAGUAUUUUUUGCAAUCAAUUCCACGGAAGUCACCGGAAACAACCUAUGUGGUGGCGCCUCCGUCACCCAUUUACCACCAUGCAAAGAAAUUAAAUACUCCGACUGGUGGUUCUGGGGUACGGCUUUGGCUGCUGUCACGUUUGCUGCUAUGUCGAUUGUGGUUUUCUUGUAUGUCAACCGUCGAAAUGAAGCUGCUAAUGAGGUGAUUAAGAAAGUGGAAAGCAAAUUAGAUGAAGGUGGGGAAUGGGAGUUGCAAUUCUUCGACCAGAAAGCUUCAAAAUUUAUAGCGAUCGACCAGAUUCUACAGUCUUUGAAAGGACACAGGAGUGUGGUUGUAGCAACAAAAAAGAUGCAAUAUUUCGUCAAGGAAGUUAAGGAUAUCAAUCUCAAUAAUGACCCCAUCAGAGGACUCAAUGAGAUUGGCAAGCUUCGGCAUCCAAACAUCAUCAAACUUGUCGCAGUUUGCAAGUCAGAAAAAGGACGAUUGAUUUUGGUUCAUGAAUAUGUCGAAGGGAAGAAGCUGAGUGAAGUCGUUGGAGGGUUAAGUUGGGAAAGCCGGGGGAAAAUUGCGGUGGGAAUUGCCAAAGCUCUACGUUAUUUGCAUGGCUGUUGCUCACCGGCGGCUAUUCCUGUGGGUAAUGUUUCAUCGGAAAAUGUUGUGGUGGUUGACGGAAAUGAUGAGGUCCGUCUAAAUUUGAGUCCUCCGGCGAUGAUUUUUGCCGGCAGCACCAAGUGUUUGGUUUCUUCAGCCUACGUCGCACCAGAGACAAAGGAGAACAAAGAGAUAACCACAAGCAGUGACAUUCAUUGGUUCGGCCUCAUCCUCAUUGAGCUACUUACGGGAAAAACUCCGGUAGAUGCUGAGAUUGGUUUGCAUGAAAACUUAAUCGAGUGGGCACGAUAUUGCUACUCGGAUUGCCACCUCGAGGCAUGGGUUGAUCCGUUGCUUAAGGGACAAACGCAGAAGAACCCUAGUGAAAUCGUAGAGACCAUGAAUCUUGCCCUACAUUGCACCGCUCGUGAUCCGGCUGCAAGACCAUGCGCAGAAGAUGUAUUCAAAACUCUAGAGUCUAUUACAAGGUCAAGUUCUCUAUGUUUCUAGUUAGGUUUAAAUCAAGCUUCAGGGUUUUCCUAUGACCUUGGUUUUUUUUGCUUAUUUUUUAGUAUGAAGUUCUCGUUUGAGUUGUAGUCUAAGUGAAUGUUUUUGGUUGAAUGUUUGUGUUCAUCAUACUCCACUGAUGAGUGUAAUUAUAUGAAUGUAAGUAUGAUGAAGAAAUGUCAAAUAUUUGGUUGAA